AUGGCAUGGAGGGAUGGUUGCACUGUUCAGAUUUUACAGCAUGGUAGAUUUUUCAUUGCGGCAUCAGUUCUGACAGCUGGUUCUAAUGAUCCCUAUGGUGUUUUAGGUGUUUAUCUCAGUUCAAAUGAUCAACAUAGAAUGGCUCAAUUUACUGAAUUAACUUCAGUCACCCAACAGUUCGAUGGUAAGGUUGUGUUAAUGGGGGAUUUUAAUGCCAUUUCUAAUCAAUUGGAGAAAGAAGGUGGGGGUGCUAAAUCUCCUUCUUCUAUUGAAACCUUUAAUAGUUUUAUUGAUGAUAAUUUCCUGAUUGAUAUUGGUAUGGUCGGAAGACCAUUCACUUGGUCAAAUAGACGGAGGGGUGAUGAGUUGAUACAGGAAAGACUGGACCGAUUCCUGGUAGGAGUUGAUUGGCAGCAACUCUAUCCCAAUGCAACGGUUCUUAGACUGUUAGAAUCAGGCUCGGAUCAUGCCCCUCUUCUCCUAGACUCUAAUCCGAGAACUGAGAGAUCUAAACACCGAUUCAAAUUCCAAGAAAGAUGGUAUUCCAAUGAUGAAAUACGCCAGAUUAUUAGAGAGGUUUGGCAUGAACAGGUUGAUGGUUCAGCCAUGUAUAUCCUAGCUAAAAAAAUAAAGCGUUGUCGGCAUAAGAUUGUCAAAUGGCAGCAAGAACACAGAUCUAAUUCGAAGGUGGAGAUUGAUUUACUACAGUCGAAAUUAGAGGAACUUCGUUUAGCAGGAAUUCAUGGAGGCGACAUCAUUUCAGAAAUAGAGGACAAACUUGAAAAAGCAUUGCAAAAUGAGGAAUCUUAUUGGAAAGAUAAGUUUAGAGUCAAAUGGCUCAAAUCUGUGGCUACUUCAAAUGCUGGUAUUGCUUCUGUGGCUGAAUCUUAUUUCAAGGACAUCUUUUCCUCCACUUGUCAUGAGAACCCUGAACCUCUGUUUACUGAUUUUGAACCUAAGGUUACAGCUCAAAUGAAACGUAGGCUUCAAAGACCAGUGACUAUGGAGAAAGUGAAACGCGCAACAUUUAGCAUUCAUCCUCAAAGUGCUCCAGGAGAUGAUGAAGGUCUCUCCUUCUUGCUACACAAGGCAGAACAAAAUAGACUAAUUCAGGGUCUUCAGAUACAUAGGCGAUGUCCCAAGGUCAACCACCUCCUGUUUGCUGAUGAUUCCAUUUUAUUCUGUAAGGCUAGUCCUGAAGCAUGUUCAAAUAUCCUGCAUUUAUUGAAUUCUUAUGAAAGCAUCAGUGGCCAGAGGGAUAAAUACCUUGGUUUGCCUUCUACAGUCUCUAAAUCGAAAAAGGCUUCUUUUAGUAUGAUCAAAGAAAAGGUUCGGAAAAGAAUCCAAGGGUUGAAGCGCAAUCUUCUUUCGUCAGGUGGUAGACACAUAUUGCUUAAGGCAGUGGGAGAAGCUAUUCCUAUUUAUACAUUGUCUUGCUUCAAGUUGCCUGAUGGUUUAAUUUCGGAAAUUCACUCUCUACUUUCUCAGUUCUGGUGGGGACAAAAAGGUUCUGAAAGGAGGAUGGCUUGGAUUAGCUGGGACACUAUGACUCGCCCACGAAAAGAAGGAGGCCUUGGAUUUAAAGAUCUCAGAAUCCAAAAUCUUGCGCUUUUAGAAAUUGGAGUCUUACCUUCUUGGGGAUGGAGGAGCAUACUGGAAGGCCGAAAGAUUGUUCAAAAAGGUCUUAAUUGGGCUGUGGGUACUAGUGAGGAUAUCCGAACCUUUGAGGAUUCUUGGCUGCCUCCUCCGUAUCCUUUAAUGAUUUCUGACAUGCCAAAUAGACAGGCUAUUUCUGAGUUGUUUCCAAGAGUUAAAGAUCUAAUUACUGAAGAUAGGAAUUGGAAUCAGAAUCUUAUUCAAGAAUUAUUUUCCCAAGACGUUGCAAAUAUGAUUUUGCCAGUUAAAAUUCAACAGAGUAGGGACAAAUUGCAAUAG